GGACUGAUAUUUUCCUGUUUUCUGAAGACCCAGUUCUCUUUAAGUGCUGGAUGUUUCUUGUUUAUGUGCCAGUUUUGUUCCAGGUUGCAAAUGUCACGCUCAUCCUGACGGGGCUGCAUCUCUAAAAGUCAUCCACGCUCCGUCUACACAACGCUUUUUGAGGAUCUCUUGGACUACCAAGAGGAUAUUCUUCUGAGCAUCAUGGCGUGUUUUUAUGCCACACUUGUAGUUAUUGCCCUGCUGGGAUGCAUCAACCUCUCAGCGGCAGACAAGGACACGGUCAAGGAAUUCUACGCUGUUGUUGGGCAACAGUCUCUCACGCUGCCUUUUGUCUACAAAGAACUGACGAACUCGCAUGUGCUCAGGUGGACUCAUAACAGGACGAUCAUUUUCUACAGACAGCAAGGGAGAGUAUCUGUUGGAAAAUCAAGUGACAUCUCUACAACCGGAUCUUUUUUCUUAAGGAACUUGGCAUUUUCGAGCUCAGGGUUGUACGAAGCAACAGUGCUGCACCCCAAUGGUACUGCAGCCAUAAAGUGGACCGGCCAUCUCUUUGUGAUGAGCAAAGUAUCAAAACCCCGAGUCACUUAUGUCUGUGACGCCACUCUGAGAAGUGUUAAUCUUAACUGCUACGUGGACAACCCACAGGGUUUGGUGUUCUCAUGGACUCUGGAUAAAAAGGUUUUAACUGGAGAGACGAGACAAACCCUGAGCCUAUCUCUGCCCCUGCAAGUUGGCAGCCACUUCAUGUGUAGUGUGGCAAACAAAGUCAGCUCGGAGAGUAGCGACGCUGUUCUUCCAGCCUGUAAAAACCCAUCACUGCUCUGUUUGUCACGGCAAACAUUUGUGUCAGUGCUAGCGGGAGUGGCAGGUCUGAUUUUCGUUUUGCUCAUCAUUAUCUUUGUAUUGUGCUGCCGCCACAGACACAAUAAAGCCCAAAAGAACCUCGGGGAUAAAGAGGACCUAAGGAUGCUCUCUCUAAGCAAGCGAGUUCCCGAUUCUACCAGCCCGGUCUACGAGACUAUGCACCACGUGGAGAAAUCUGAAACCCCGAGUCCUCAGCCUUCACCAAGAGUUCGGGGUGAAAUCAAGUCAGCACAACUAUCUACAGCUGCUGAAGGACAACAACCGUCACCGGUUCCAAAGCCGAGGAGCAAGAACGCCCUGACGCCAAACAUCUGAACAUGUCGUCAUCUUUUAUCUAACCAAGUUAGUUUGAUAACGUGAAGGACAAAACUUAAGAAAGUAGUCUUGUGUGCACUUUUAAUUGAGAUAUUUUGAUGACUCACAUGAAACUAUAUAGAUACAGUAUUGAUGUUUUGGUGCAGUGCAUGUGUGAGGUAGAAAAUGAAGAAACAAAAUCUUUCUUUGAAUCGAUUAAUGAUAUCAUGGCUGGUUUUAUGUUGCUUUGCUGUUAAUGUUAAACCUGUUAUGUGUUGAUGCAAAGUUUGACGGAGGUGUUGUAUUUUCCCUGAUGUACAUAAUGAGACAAGAAAAUGUUCUAGAGAAAUUUGUUUUUUUUAUAAAGGCUAAUCAUUUUAAAGACAGCUUCUUUCUCAAACAAAAGGAAGUCUAUAGUUGAACUUCAGAGUAAUACACUUUGGCUGUAGGACAUAUAAAUACGUGUAUAUUAUAUAUGUUAUAUAUAUAUAUAUAUAUUUGCAGUGUAUAAGUAGAGUACACAAACUGUGUAUGAGGUUUUUGGUAGAUAUGCAGUAUUGGUUAGCAUGGCUUCGUUUAUUAGUUUUCAUCUUUGCAGGACUGCUUGUUUAAUAUAAAAAGGAAUAGAGAGGAAAAUGUUUUUGUACAUAUUGACUCGUAUGUAUGUAGUAAUAUAAGUAAAGUGUCAUUUCAAAUAUAGCGAUAGAGCUACUUUCAUAUGCAAAUUAUUGAAUGAAGACUAUCUUCAACUGCUCCAUUGUACGCUUACUGUAUAUGGUUUUUGGAAUAAAUAAACUUGUCAGAAAUGA